GUCAGUUCAACAACAUGCCUGUUGAAGUCCAGUCAGACGGGACUGGAACAGGGGCCCAUGUACCAGCACACCUGACCCAGAUUCCCAUUGCUGUCAUCAACAUUGGAAUCGACUGCACCAACAAAAUAGUCAAGGGAAAAGUGAUUCACAAAGGUCCGCUGGUGACAGUGAAACCUGGCAAACUUGUCCAGAAAGCUGUAAUCCAAGAUGAUGAUGAUCCAUCCCAGACCAUGUCCAUCAACAUCAUCCUGUUGGGAUCCCUGGCCAAGGACUUCAGUGAAGUUGUCAAUCAAGGGGAUGUGGUAACAGCCUCUGGCUUCACUGUAGGCAAAUCUCCCACAGCUAAACAGGAUAAGCUUCACCCCUUUGACCUGAUCCUGUCUGGAGAUGAUGCAUUCAUCUAUGUAUCUCAGCGUUCUGAUCCUGACCCCAAGUCUUCACUGGCGAACAGAAGGAGGCCCACUCUCCCUGCUGAGGAUUCUAAGGCGACCAAGGCUUCAAAAUACACCUACGUGAAACUGGAUAAUCUGAAGGAUGGAUCUACUGUGAACGUUUAUGGUGUGGUGGUUUUCUUCAGACAGCCGUACCAGAGCCGUGGCACAGAUUUCUGCUCCAGUCUGAAGAUCACUGACCAGUCCAACCACAGUGUUGCAUGCACCAUCUUCUGUGAGAACCUGGAGGACCAUCCCAAAAUCUUUAAGAUCGGAGACAUCAUCCGCAUGCAUAGAGUCAAGGUUAAAUCCUACAACAACUCUGUGACAUUGGUCAGCACCUUUGGUUUCUCUGUGGUGACAUUUGAUGGAUCAGUGGGCGGAGCUCUGGAGCCUCGGACAUCUAGCAAAUCCUUCAGUUUCACCGAGGAGGACCGUCAGACUGUGGAGGAGCUACGAUCCUGGGCUGCCGGUCACGUUUUGGGCCCUUCAGUUCUCUCUGCGGUCCCUCUGUCUGACGUUCAGCUCACAGGUUAUUUUGACCUAACCUGUCAGCUGCUGGCCAAAGCUACCAUCCAAAACAACUGCACACUGCUGAGGGUAUGGGAUGGGACUAAGUGUCCCCACACGCUGCUAGAAGUAAUCGUUGAACCAGGCUGCACAGAAGGUCCUACCUCCUUCUCCAAGGCAAAAGAGAGUCUCAUCGCUAAUGUUCUUGUCUACGACAAUCAUGCAGAGUUUGCCAAACAGCUGAAGCCUGGUGAUUUCCUCAGGAUCUAUAACCUGCGAGCCAUACCAGGGUCCAUUAAAGUGUCGGGCCUCACCAGCAGCAAGCCAGUGGAGGGGGAUCACGUGACUUUAAAUCUACACGGGGGAACGUCCUACGGCAAAGGCAUCCGGGUUCUACCUGAAGACAACCCUGAUGUGCAGAAGCUUAAGAGAGUUUUUGAAUCUCUCCCUAAAGAUGAGGAGGAUGACCUGAGUGACUCGAACCUGAUUGAGAUCUGGGGCACUCCACCAGAGUCUCUGGGUGUAACAGUUGGAGGCAAAGAGGAGUGCAGUGGAGUGCGUACAGAGAGAAGCUGCAGCCACCAGAUGCUGCCGGUGACGCUGGCCCAGCUGAAGCAGAGCCACCCGGAUGGAUCUCACCACGUCAGAGUCCAGCUCAGGUCCUUCGAGCCUCGCAGACUCUACCAGGCCCUGAAACUCUUCUGCAACAAGUGUUCAUCACUUCAGGACAUCCCAGAUGAUGAGCUGGUGGCAGGCAUCUUUUCUGAGGCGUCUCAACGCUCCAGGGCCUGCAGGCCUCCAGACCUGCUGUCAGGACAGGUGAACCUCCACGAAGAGUCCUCGGUGUCCCAGAGUCGAGUUCUGGGUAUUCAUUUGUGCCCCAACCUGAUAGUCAAAGACCUCAUGUUCCUCGAGGGUUCCACACUGGAGGAGACCAGGCUGAUAGCAGCAGAGUAUCAGAACAUUGUUCCUGUCACGUCAUCAGGAGACCACCUGGCUCUGCUUGACCUGUCUGCACCUUUCCUGUUCAGAGACAGAAGAAGAUAUUACGGGUGUAAGCAGUGCUCUGAGACUGUGCUGAGAAAUCUGAGUUCUGUCAGCAUGGAGGUGAUGGACGAGAAGAUGAUUGCAAACACUCUCGGUGUUGAGUUACUGCAGUUUGUCUUCGUGAUGAAACUGGAGCUGCAGGACGCCACCGACACUCUGGAUGUGUUCCUGAUGAAACACGCGGAGCAGUUCUUCGGUGUGUCAGCAGAGGACGCUUCAACCAAUGAGGAGGCUCAAAACAGAAUCAGUCAGAGCAUGAGCAUCCUCUGUCCACCAGAGGGCAGUGUGGGUCAGCGGCCGUGGCUCGACCUGUGUCUGCUGGCGUACAGAGCAGAAGAGGAGGCGGGACAGAACCAGACCUGCUACCAGAUCUGCAACACGACCCUCCUCACACCUUCAUCCACCCUGCCUAAAGGAAGAGGAUGAGCAGAGCAGAGCCGUGCAGGAACCAAUCCUGAUUGUUCCUCUGAUGUUUGCAUCUGUCUUCAUAUGUUCACAUAUGUAAAUAUAUUUAAACAAGGAACUUGUAUAAAACAGUAAAAUGACAAGUUUGGUUUUGUUUUGAUGCUCUUUUUUUGCAGCCUGAUGUGACUUUUAUAGAUUUUAAAAUAAAAAGAAUAAAGCACAACA